AUGGCACCAUCUUGGGUAUCACUCCCACAAAGAUGGCAACUACAAAAUAUCCAAGCUGCACUAAACGUCAUUGUCUGCGCCAUCAGUGCUCUUACUACUUUCUGUUGUAUUCGUUUCUGUUGGUGGGCCGGUACGAAGCGGGUGAAGACCGCCGGACGCACGACAUUGACGUCUUUGUUGACAGUCAACACGAUCGGUGAAGCAUACGACCUCAUCACUCUCUUAGGCUUGCGAAUAUUCUCUCCUCGGCAUGCUCUGCUACUGGUACAAAGCCUCCUUGUCCUUGUCUUCGUGACAACCACGUUGAUAUCUGGGCCAAUCUCACGAUUUUCCACUCGCAUGCAUCCUCAGACCACGACGAGGAACACAUCUAUCUUCCCAACAAUGAAGACCUUCGACAUCAUCGCAUAUGCCAACGACUACUGGACAAAUAUUACGCGCAGCCUCGAAACAGCAGAAUUCCCUCGUGAUCGGUUACUUGACUUCCUACCAGACACGAACACAGAGUGGAUGUUUGUGCCAAGUGAAUGGACUAAAACAUGGUCGAUGCAAUGCAAUUCUGUGGAGCGCACCCCUAUUGAAAUUGCCGGAACUGGGAACUGCUCUGAUCCCAGCUUUUCCACUACUUAUCAAGCAUUUCCCCAGCUGUGGGACGUCAUCAAUAUCACCAGCUAUGACACAUAUGGUAUUGAGUGGUCUGGGUUUUGGCUAUCAAACGUCAACCCGGUGCAAGACAUGCUGUGGUUUGCUUAUGCAAGCUCCAUCACGGAUAUCGACAACACAACUGACAUCGUGUACGGCAUGAAUAUUUCCAUGGCCACGGUACAUUUCCACAACAUCUACCAAAACCUCACAAAGCCAAACAAUUGCAUCUAUGCUGCACGUCCAGUUGAUGCAGCAUCUUGGAUCCGGACAGAUUGUCAAUUGGAGCGCCAACGGGACGUCAAGGAUGAAGGCUUUGUGCCCUACCCGGACUCCACGGAACAGAGCAAUAUCGCCUCUGCACUCAACCAGAACUUCCAAGCUCGGUUUAUGAUGGAGGCAGGAACAAACCGCACCAUCACUGAGAUCCAACCUGACGACCUUAUCCGCUUCUACCAAGUAUACAUGAUAUCAAAAGACACACAAUUCCGGCAGCCAGUGAUGCGGUCACUCACCAUUGUCGAAGAUGUCCCGCAGUUGUCAGUCGCAUUGCUGACGAUCAUGCUCUUCCUGGUCAUCACAUCCAUCCUCGCAGCCUCAACAUGGUGUUCCUUCUUCCUGAUCCACCACGACGCCAGCCGCGUUCCACAAACAAAGCUCGACUGGGUAUUGCACGCCCUCGGCGACGACGAGAACAACGCAGCUGGCAACACAAAGUCUUCACCACAGCAGUCACCACGCUCGUCGAUAGACUACCAGUCCAUAGCAAGUAGCACGCGCAAAUCUCAAGUCCCGCCCCUCCCACGCCGAGCGACACGGCUUGCGGACUUCGAAUCUGCGACCUACGCGAUGGAAUUCUCGGAGCGCAGAGCCUGGACGGAGAGCUUGAAGGGCCGUUCGUGGAUGCCGAGCCCUCGUAGCUUGCAUUCUUCUGCUGGGAGUAGCUCACGCCUGAACAGGGUGUCGUCAAGACGGGACUCGACUUGGUCGAAGCUCAGUGAUGAGGCGCCCUCGAUCACGCUGGACAUGCCAAGAAUAUCUGAGGAACUCUAUCCACGGAGACUAUGGCCAGAGUGA